GGAGACACGGGAGUAAGUUUGAUAACGACAACCUCAUUAUGCGAGAUUGUUGCUCGGUCUAGUAGUAGUCGACGUACACGUACGCAGGCGGGAGUCACUAUUCAAUCCCGCAACAGCAAUAUGGUGAAGCCUCUGUCAUUCAAGGGCGAUAAGAAACCCAAGAAGAGAAAGCGAACCGAAGCGGGGCCGUCGGCUGAGCAUGCAGGUCCCAGUGAUCUCGCGGUCGCAGCUACGGCAGAGGAGGCCGACAACGACGACAGUUGGGUGUCAGCCGAGGCGGCUGGGGAUGUCUCUGGACCCGUCAUUCUCGUCCUCCCUACCGAUACCCCGACAUGUCUAGCUUGCGACGCUAACGGAAAAGUCUUUACCGACCCGAUCGUGAAUAUCGUUGACGCGAACCCAGCUAGCGCCGAGCCACACGACGUUCGCCAGGUCUGGGUUGCGAACAAGAUAUUCGGAACAGAGAACUUUCGGUUCAAAGGCCGCUACGGAAAGUACCUGAGCUGCGAUAAGUACGGCAUUCUCACCGCCACUUCCGAAGCUAUCUCGGAUCUCGAAUCGUGGACGUUAAUACCGACCGCCGACACCCCAGGAACCUUUCAGAUACAAUCUCAGCGGGAAACAUUCCUGACCAUCAAGGAGCGCACUGGGGCGAAUGGAAUUCCCGAAGUUCGCGGGGAUGCCACCGAGAUCAGUUUCAAUACGACCUUGAGAAUCCGCAUGCAAGCACGCUUCAAACCUAAACUAAAAGCUUCGAAGGAAGAGAAGGCCAGGGAGAAAAUCAGUCGCAGGGAGCUUGAGGAAGCCGUAGGCAGGCGACUAGACGAAGACGAGGUCAAGACUCUGAAGAAGGCAAGACGAGAAGGCGACUACCACGAGCACCUACUAGACCUGAAGACCAAGAACAAGCACGACAAGUACGGCUGAGGCAUAUGGGCGGGGGCGGCGUAUGGAAGGGCGUGGGUGUAUUCGCUAUGAAUUGGGUUUCCAGGCUUUGACAUGUCCGUCUUCGCCUGCGCUAAAUACCACCUGCGCCUCAUCGUAGAAGCAGAAACUUCGAACGAUCUCCGACGAG